GAUCACCAACUGCAGCCAUGAAUGGCACAGAAGGACCCAACUUUUAUGUCCCCAUGUCCAACAAGACCGGGUUGGUUCGCAGCCCAUUUGAGCACCCUCAGUACUACCUGGCUGAGCCUUGGAAGUACUCUCUUCUGGCCGCGUACAUGCUGUUCCUCAUCAUCACCGCCUUCCCCGUCAACUUCCUCACCCUCUAUGUCACGGUCAAAAACAAGAAGCUGAGGAACCCUCUGAACUUUGUCCUGCUCAACCUGGCGAUGGCCGACCUCUUCAUGGUCCUCGGGGGCUUCACGGUGACACUCUACACGGCCCUGCACGGAUACUUCAUCUUAGGGGCCACCGGCUGCAACGUCGAAGGUUUCUUCGCCACUUUAGGAGGAGAGAUUGCUCUCUGGUCUCUGGUGGUUUUGGCUAUUGAGCGCUACAUUGUGGUCUGUAAGCCAAUGAGCAACUUCCGCUUUGAGGAGAAACAUGCCAUCGCUGGGCUGGUGUUCACAUGGGUCAUGGCCAUGACUUGUGCCACUCCCCCUCUGCUCGGAUGGUCCCGGUUCAUCCCCGAGGGAAUGCAGUGUUCCUGUGGGAUUGACUACUACACUCCCAAGCCCGAGAUCAACAACACCUCAUUCGUCAUCUAUAUGUUUGUCCUCCAUUUCUCAAUCCCCCUCUUCAUCAUUUUCUUCUGCUACGGUCGCCUACUCUGCACUGUGCGAGCGGCUGCAGCCCUGCAGCAGGAGUCUGAAAGCACCCAGAGAGCGGAGAAAGAGGUGACUCGUAUGGUAAUAUUCAUGGUGAUCUCCUUCCUGGUGUGCUGGGUGCCCUAUGCCACGGUGGCCUGGUACAUCUUUGCCAAUCAAGGAACCGAGUUCGGACCAGUGUUCAUGACUGCUCCGGCCUUCUUCGCCAAGAGUUCUGCUCUGUACAACCCAGUCAUCUACAUUCUGCUAAACAGACAGUUCAGAAACUGCAUGAUCACCACGGUAUGCUGCGGAAAAAAUCCAUUUGGAGGCGACGAGGGCACCACCGCUUCCACCUCCAAAACUCAGACUUCGUCCGUCUCAUCCAGUCAGGUGGCCCCCGCUUGACAGGGACCCCCCUCCUCCCCAGUCAAUGUCCCAUCUGCCCUUGCACACCUUGGGACCUACCACUGCCAAGCAGCACUAUGUUCUAUUGGUCAAUCCUCUUGACUUACCUCUCCAUGUGUCUUCACUGCACCGACACAACCACGCAUUUGGUGGGACUGAUGUACUCAAGAGCCAGCUCGUGUAUUUUCAAUCCAUUCAAUCAUGGAAAGUGUUCAGCUGGCUGCACAGAGUGUAACCCGGCAUCAAGGGGGUGUCGUCCAUGUGAUUAUCCAGCUGACCGCAUUCCAAGCUCCCCACUACCCAAAUACACAUAAUGGGUGAAAACACACCAUGCCGCAUGAGUUCAUCCACAUCAACUCUUGUUCAAGUAAUUGC